AAAAUUCAAUCAUAACUUACUUAGAGUACAUUAAAGAACCAGAUUCAAUCCAUUUGGUAUUCGUUUUUUUUUUAAAUGGCUAAGUGGGGUGAAGGUGAUCCUCGUUGGAUUGUUGAGGAACGUCCAGAUGCUACUAAUGUGAAUAACUGGCAUUGGACCGAGAAAAAUGCUACUCCAUGGUCAAAGGAUAGAUUUCAGCAUUUAUUUAAGAAUUUGACGAUAGGUGACGAUAAUAUAAGAUGUACAAUUGAAUCGAUAGAAAAAUGUUCUGGUGAAGCAACAGCAAAUAAUCGAAAAGGAAAGUUAAUUUUUUUCUACGAAUGGGAUCUAAUUCUUAAAUGGAAAGGUUCUAUUUUAAAGCCAAAUUCAACUUCGCAUACUGGAAAAAUAUCAAUACCUAAUUUAUCGGAAGAAAAUGAAUUAAGUGACAUUGAAAUUACUAUAACUAUUGAUGAAUCUAAUGAUACUUCAGAAAAUUUAAAACAAUUUAUGUAUAAUGUUGGAAGAGAAAAAAUUCGACAAAUAUUGGGAGUAUACAUUACUGAGCUUAAAGAAGAGUAUUCUAAAAAUUUAAUAUUGCCUAAAAAAGAUAGUACUAAAACAAUUGAAUGUAAAAAAAUUGUAAAACCACAUGCUACAGAUCUCCCAAAAUCGGAAGUAAAUCCAGUAUCAUCUUUAGGAUGUAAAUUGGAUGUUUGUACGAUAUCUAUUGAAGAAGAGUUCCAGUGCUGUGCUAAUGAUUUGUAUAAUGUUUUAACAAAGGACUCGAUGGUGUCAGCAUUCACUAGAGCUCCUGCAAAAGUCGAUGCAAAUCGAGGUGGCCAAUUUAGCCUUUAUGGAGGACAGGUGCAUGGAUAUUUUGAAGAACUCGUGCCAGAGAAGAAAAUAACGUUAAGGUGGCGAUUAAAGUCAUGGCCUUCAGGACAUUAUUCUAAUGUGAUAAUAGAAUUGGAAGAAAUGGUGAGUACUUAUAAAAUUUCAACACAAGUUUUCGAUUUGAUUAUCUGGCAAGAUCCAGGGUUUCUAUUCUUCUCAGUCGUCUAUGACCCUCAAAAGGCAGCAAGUCCCUGGCAAGAGGAUUUGGGUGAUUCAUUAGUUUUGACAGAUGAGGAUGCUGAUCCUUAUAGAUGA